AUGUCCCGCGGUGGGAGGACGGCAAGGGGGCGGCAGCAGCAGCAGCAGCAGCAGCAGGUCCUCAAGACGCAAUUGACGGUGGUAUUCAAGGCGUGCGGGCUACGUCGACGGACAGGAUCAGGAUACGAUAGAGCUCUUUCUCCUGGCUCUGCGUCGUCUGGUCGUCUGGUCGUCUUGCAGGAGAAAAGGGGGGCAGACGGCGUCAAACUGCUGGCACGGCGUAUCACGCUGGAAGAUACAGAUAGGAUGGACAUAACAGGAACGCUGCUUGAUGCUCUACCACAACCCACCUCUACGGCUUCGACUACAACUCGACUCGACUUCACUCUUCAUCUUCUUCCACAGCAGACGAUUGGAGAUCCAACUCGCUUGGCGGCAUGUCUCAUCUCCAUCGCUGCAGCCAAUGGCAUCGGUGGCUAUCCUCGGGCGCAUAACCAUGAGUGGAGGAGAGUUUUUGCCCUAGUGCACCUCCUGUUCAUCCUGACCCCUGGAACCGCAGUCCACUGGAUGGAUCACUGA